AUGGCCACCACCACCUACGCUUCUUCUUCUUCUUCAUCACAAAGAUCAUGGGCCAUGGUGUUGGCUUUGGUCUCAGCAGUGGUGUUGUCUCCCUUAUAUGCGAAUUCAAGGAGUGACAGGAGGUACUAUGAGUCAAAAUGGAGCUCUGGUGGUUUUAUUCUGCCUAUGCUUCUUGCUGGACUCAUAAUUGCCAUCAGAACAACCUCUUCAUCAUCAUCAUCAACAACAGCAAGAGCUUCCUUUCUACCAUCUCCUGAGCCUUCAUGGGUACUCAGAAUUGGAAGCUCUUCUUGGGGGUUGGGGGGGAUUUUGGUUAUGCUCAUGCUUGUUCUUCACUGGCAGGCCUCAGUUCAAGAAUUCUUUUGGAGAUAG